UGAGACGCUGCCGGGGUCAGAGUUGAUAGGUUAACUCCAAUAUGGCCGCUAAUAAACGAGUGUUGUAUGUUGGUGGCCUGGCAGAGGAGGUGGAUGAGAAGGUGUUACACGCAGCGUUUAUCCCGUUUGGAGACAUCACAGAUAUCCAGAUACCUUUAGACUAUGAAACAGAAAAACACAGAGGAUUUGCCUUUAUUGAAUUUGAACUGGCAGAGGAUGCAGCAGCAGCCAUUGAUAACAUGAAUGAGUCUGAGCUUUUCGGUCGGACUAUCAGGGUCAACAUCGCCAAGCCCAUGAGAAUCAAAGAAGGCUCAUCUCGGCCAGUGUGGUCGGAUGACGACUGGUUGAAGAAGUUCUCAGGGAAGACAGUGGAGGAGGCUGAGGGGGAGGCAGUGGCUGGAGAGUCGGCCAACACUGCCACACAGGAGGCUGAGCCCCCAGCUAAGAGGGGCAGGGUUAAUCCUCAGGUCUACAUGGACAUCAAGAUCGGAAACAAGCCUGCAGGAAGACUACGCUUUCUUCUCCGGGCUGACAUUGUUCCUAUGACAGCAGAGAACUUCCGCUGCUUGUGCACACAUGAAAAGGGUUUUGGCUACAAGGGUAGCAGCUUCCACCGUAUCAUCCCUCAGUUUAUGUGUCAGGGAGGUGACUUCACCAACCACAACGGCACUGGUGGAAAGUCCAUCUAUGGCAGGAAGUUUGAGGAUGAAAACUUUGUCCUCAAACACACUGCUGCAGGGCAGCUCUCCAUGGCCAACUCUGGAACAAACACCAACGGCUCACAGUUUUUCAUCACCACUGAUAAAACUGACUGGCUGGAUGGAAAACAUGUAGUGUUUGGUGAAAUGGUGGAGGGGAUGGAUGUACUUCGGGCAAUGGAGGCUCAGGGAACAAAAGAUGGCAAACCGAAGCAGAAAGUGAUCAUCUCGGACUGUGGAGAAUAUGCGUGAUUAACAAAGAGUGUGUGUGUCUGUGUGUGUGGAGGCAUUGAAUGUCUCAGCGUCAGUAUGUUCAUGGUCUGUUCACUUUGAACCCACAUUUUCUGCCAUGUAAAUAUUUCAAUAAACUCCUUUUAUAAGUAAAGAA